AUGCCCUCAGCAGCUAAAUUCGGACGUCUGCUGGAGGAGCAUGGCGAUGAUUUGGACGACUAUGGUCUUGACGACUCGGACAAUCCCUUUGGAUCUCCCACUCCCCCACCAGAAUCGUCUUCCAAAAAGCGAAAGGAGCCCGACUCUGGACUGGGAAUUGAAGAGGAGGUUUCUGUUCAGAAACGAGUGAGAGUUCCAAAUGUUAAGCUUGAUGAAGAAAGAUUGCUAGGUCCAGCUGGAAUCCCCAAGCUGAGAAGACGAGCUUUCGGCCUCAAGCUAAAAGGAAAGGGCCACGAGUUCUCAGACGCUUCAAGACUCCUCUCCUUCUACCAGCUAUGGCUCGACGACCUCUUCCCCAAAGCCCGGUUCCUCGAUGCCCUCGCCAUGGUUGAGAAAGCCGGCCACAAAAAGGCCCUUGUGAGCGCACGAAGCGAAUGGAUCAAUGAAGGCCGCCCCAAGGCCAGCAACGACGACGAUGACGAGCUGGACAUUGGAGCUGUAGCCAUUACCGAGGACUCGCAAGUGACGGAAGGCGGCAUUCCCGCGCAAAGGACGCAAAAGACUCCAGAGAGAGACGAUAUCCCUGAUGACGAUGACUUAUACGGCGCUACGCCCCGAGGACCAGCGCGAACGGCAGACGCUCUUCGUCCUGCGCCGUCAAACGACGCCCCCGACGACGACGACCUGGAAGCUCUCAUGGCCGAAGCCGAAAACGAAGAAGACGAUUUAGACGCCCUCAUUGCGGAAGCAGAAGUGCAAGACCGCUCUAGCGGACAUUCUGCGGAGAAUGGCACGAGCAACACCACUUCCAAUGACAAGGGGCACGACUUUGCGGAUGAAGAGGAAGCCAUGCAGGAGAUGGAGGGAUUGUGGUAA